GGACUAUAAAUCUCUCCAAAGUGCCAGCGGAGCGCGGCUCGGCGCUGCUCCACGAUGAGGACGACAGGCGUGGGAAGAAGCAGUUAGAGCUGGACGACAUGGAGACCAAUCGUCCCGUUUGGUUGCGUUUUUGGUGUGAGCUUGGAACGUGGAUGUAACGGCGCGUCUGGACGUCGUGGAAGGGUGGAAACUAACACUUGGUGCCUCGUUUUUACUCCGUGUCUUCAUGAGUGCACCCCGAGAGGCGCAGCGGUCCAAAGUGCGCACACUUUUGGUGAACCGGAUCUGGACCUGUGUGCUGUUUCUCCCCUGUUGGACAUAAACUGUCUGCUAUUUCUUUUUGGAUUGAACCUAUUCGGGACAAUACAUGCGUUUGGAUUGUAACAGCAGCGACUUGCAGGUCUGCAUGGGCCAUAUUUAAGCUCAUAGGAACUGAGUCUAAGAUGAAGUUAUGGGAUGUUGCGGCCAUGUGUUUGUUGCUCCUGAGCUCUGUUGCUACACGGCCUCUCUACCACCAAAGCACCCCGCAGCCAGCCAAGAGGACCUACCACUCCCCCCACAGCUAUACUGAACCUGCUGCACUCGACUCUGCGGAGGACAAAGAGGAGAAGUUGUUGUUGUUGAGGCAACACCACGAGGAGCACAGCCUGCAGGAAGUCUCCAUGGAGGAUCAAUAUGACACAACGGGUCCUGAUUCCGACCACUUUGAUGACGUCAUGGACUUCAUCGAGGCCACCAUCGGCAGACUGCGGAGAUCCUCUGAGUCACGGGGCCAGAGGGAGCAGCGGCAGAGGGGAGCAGCAAACACAAGAGGCUCGAGAGGCGAGGGCAGAGGACACGGCGGCGAGAGGAGACGAGGCCGGAGUCGAGGAGGCGGCAAGGGAGGCCGUGGCGAUCGAGGCAGGGGGAGGACGUCAGGACAGAGUCGAGGUUGCUUACUGAAGGAGGUCCACCUCAAUGUGACGGACUUGGGUCUGGGCUACCAGACCAAAGAGGAGCUCAUCUUCCGCUAUUGCAGCGGUCCGUGUGCAGAAGCCGAGACCAACUACGACAAGAUCCUCAACAACCUGAGCCACAGCAGGAAGCUGGACAAGGACGCGCCCUCUCGCACGUGUUGUCGGCCCAUCGCUUUUGACGACGACUUGUCCUUCUUGGAUGACAACGUUGUGUACCACACGCUCAAGAAACACUCAGCUAAGAAGUGCGGCUGUGUGUGACAGGACGGAUCCAUUUUUGGAGGGAAAGUACAACCAUCCAAGCUAGAGCCUAUCCCAGCUAAUUUUGGUGGACUACACGCUGGAUUGGUCAGCAGGGAGAAAGCAAACAACAAAAUACUGUUACAGUUCCUGCCUUUUCUGAAAAAAACUACUCAAACAAAUGACUAAAGUUGUUUCUUUCUUGUGGAAAAAGUCCAGGAAUAUCACUUUUUUUUUUCCUUUCUUUCUUUGGUUUCUACAGAGCCACACCACCAGGAUUCAGCAAAGACCUUUUGGCAUCUAUAAAUGUAUAAAUGCAAAUAUAUAUAAAUCCCUAACUAUAUAGCAACGCUUGUGUGUAAGAGGUAUAUUUAUUAAGACUAACUUAUUGUUAUUUAUUUCAUUUACGACACAAGUUGUUGUCUCUUAUUUAUUAAAAAGCUCCGUUUGUCCUGGAUGGUGCCAAAGCCAAAACCACACAUGUCCUAAAAGUGACCCGCCCAUUCAAGCAUGAGCUUAAAAAGAGACUCAGGACCAAACAUAGUGGUCUCGUUGCCUGAUUUUGUGUCAUGUGACCAGGCGGAAACAUCUGGGACUUUGUCAACUGGUUGCAUGUUUAUAAGGAGGUGUAAAAAAACAGCACAGGGUCCUCCUGCCAAUCAGCUACCCGAAACCUUCUUGUCCCGGGAGGCUUUUCAAGCUUCUGUCCCGCCUCUGACAGACAGGUCUUACUCUCUGAAAGAGGAUUUGAAAGCGAUCCCCCCUUCAACACGAGUCUUAAGCAAACAACCCCGCUGGCGAAAGGCAGUUUAGGGAGACUUUGGCUACUGUAGCGGCUGUCAUUGUACGAGUGACGUUCCAACAAAAGCAAAAACGUUUAAGAGGGGACGUACAGCUUUAAACACGCAAUAACUUGUUCAAGAACGAGACAUCGCAGAUAAAACCCAUCCAGAGGCAAAGGGGAAUAGAGAGUCCUCCUCCUCGGGGAGGGUCUUGACGUUACCACGGAUUAGGGACCAAGGUAUCUGUGCCCACCCGGCAACAAGCAAGGCAGCUUUACAGCAUCUAAUCCCCCCCCCCCCCCACCCCCCCCCCCCCAACACACACACACAGACACAGACACACGUAAAUCCACGGCAUAGAGAUGAAUUUAGGCCAAACUGGCUUUUAUGGCAGCAUACCUCAUCAAUUGGAUCAUCUUCUCCUUAGAAAUACCGAUUGGUCCACAGGGUUUUUUCCAGAUGACACCUCUGGAGAAGUCCCAGAAGGAUCCCCGCUUCUUUAGACAGCACCAGUGUUUCUUAGUAUUCUAGUGUAAGGUUUCUAUCCAUCCAUUUUCUUCUGCUUAUCCAAGGUCGGGUCAUGGGGGCAGCAGCCUAAGUAGGGUAGCCCAGACUUCCCUCUCCCCAGCUACUUAGUCCAGCUCCUCCCGGCGGAUCCCGAAGCGUUCCCAGGCCAGUUGAGAGACAUAGUCUCUCCAACGGGUCUUCCCCGAGGCCUCCUACCGGUUGGACGUGCCCUGAACACCUCCCCUGGGAGGCGUCCGGGCAGGCCACCUCAUCUGGCUCCUCUCAAUGCAGAGGAGCAGUGGUUCUACUCCGGGUUUCUCCCGGAUGACAGUGCUUCUCACCUUAUCUCUAAGGGAAAGCCCAGCCACCCUGCGAAAACUCAUUUCGACCGCUUGUACCCGCGAUCUUGUCCUUUCGGUCACUACCCAUAGCUCAUGACCAUUGGUGAGGAUAGGAACGUAGAUCGACCGGUAAAUUGAGAGCGUUACCUUUCGGCUCAGCUCCCUCUUCACCACAACGGACCGAUGCAGAGUCUGCAUCACUGCAGACGCCGCACCAAUCCGCCUGUCGAUCUCACGUUCCAUCCUUGCCUCAUUCGUGAACAAGACCCCGAGGUACUUAAACUCCUCCUCCUGCAAGGUUUCCCAAGCUAUUUUAUUGAUCAUCAAGCAGACAUUUCUUGAUCCUUAGUUUAUGUACUUUAUGGCAGCACACCAUGCAUUUGAGCAUUUUGGGAAACCCUGUUCUAGUUAAAUACACAAAGCAGCAAAGGAAAUACAUCAUGUGAAGCAUUUGUCAGUGUUAGCAAUGCAAGAUCCACUUGCGCAUUUUCUUGGCAUCUUCGUGGGCAAAAAAAACAAAACAAAAAAAGUCAUUGUUUUGUUUUGUUUUGUGUUUUGUGUUCUACAACCAAAGCUAUGGGCAAACUUUAUUUUUGUACAAUAUUCAUGUUUUUUUAUUAUAAAACUUUUUACAGAAUUAAAACUUUUUUCUAAGAAAUGUGUGGUGUCUGCUUCAGCCCUGGACGUGACACAUGGUGCUCAUUUGCUUCGUGGUGUGUUUACAUGAACUAAAUGUAUAAAAUUGAGGAUGAACGUUGGGGUAGUUGAGGAAGGGGGCGGCCCUUUCCUGCGCUGCAUUCCUGAACGCCAGCCCAGGAUCGUACAGUAAACAAAAACGCGGCGGCUGUGAAGUGAGUCAAGACUGUUUCCAUGGCGGAAAAACAAUGAUGGACAUGUUACGCUUAAUACGUUUAUACACGGUGAAUGCACAGUAUCUCACAAAACUCCCCACAUUUCAGCAAGCAUUUUUAUUACAAUAUCUUCUCAAGGGAUAAUAUUACAUAAAUUCAACUUGGAUAUACUUUAAAGUAGUCAGUGUCCAGCUUGUAUAGCAGUAUAGAUUUAGUAUCCACUUAAAAUGACUCAAUUCACAACCGUAGAGAGAUUACUGUC